AUGCUAAUUUGUAUCUCACUAAAGCAAUAAUAGUAAUCCCCUAAGAAAACCAACAGCAAUGGCAUACAACCACCCUUAUGGAAACAACUACUACGGGGUUGAGAGAGAGGUCAUCCGUGAUGGUCCAUGCGGUGCCUACGCUGCUGACUACAGGGUUGAUGAAUAUGGGAACCGCAUCUACCACCACCGCAAUGGAUUGGGAAAUGACGUAACUGAGAUUGUGACUGAUGUCAUCCCUGGCCACCUUAACCACCACCACCACCACCCCCGAAACGGUUUGGGAAAUGUUGUAACUGAGGUUGUGACCGAUGUUAUCCCUGGCCACUACCACCACCAACGCCACCACCCUGGGUUCAUUCAGAGGAGGGAAGAGUGCAUUGUUGACAGUGCCUAUGACCCAUACAGGAGGAUGUACUGAGGGUUAGUACUUGCAUGAUGCAGAGAAUUGACAGCAACCAUGGUAUUAUUAGUAUAAUAAAAAUGUGCUCUUAGCCUCUAAGCAUAGGCUAGCUAGUUGUUACGACUUACGGGCAAGGAUUCAAUACGAUGUGUGCUUUUCUAUAUUGUACUGUAAUCAUAUUUGGUUUGGUUAUGUAUUUCGGUUUUCUUAUGAAGGUAUAUAUGGUUGUUUUCUUUUUAGAAAAA